GCGCCGCCGCUCACGCUUCCACACAGAUGAGCAGCUGACGGCGUCGCAGGUUCCUGCGGCCGGUUUUCGGACAACAUGUCGGUGUUUCACGACGAAAUCGAGAUCGAGGACUUUGAGUAUGACGACGAAACCGAGACGUAUUAUUUCCCGUGUCCCUGCGGAGACAAGUUUGCCAUAACUAAAGAGGAUCUGGAAAACGGCGAGGACGUGGCGACUUGUCCGAGCUGCUCGCUCAUCGUUAAAGUCAUCUACGAUCAGGAGGCGUUCAUGUCCGGAGAAAUCGUCGAAGCGCCGUCGUCUUCAGAAACCAAACUGGAGCUGGUUCAGUCCUGACCCCCCUCACCUUCAUCAUCAUCAUCAUCAUCAUCAUCAUCAGUAAAGCUGAGGACUGGUCCUUUAAAUGACUUUAUUUAUGCAACAUUUAGUCUGAAGAUGAACUCAGGACGGUGCGUUCAGGUGCUGCCAGGAAACAUCACUCUUCAGAGGAAACAAAUGUAAAUAUGUUUUAUAUCAGAAUAUUAACUUAUAUUUGAUUCUCUCGUUGUGAAUAUUUGAUCAGAAUUAAAACGCAUCAAACUGCA